AUAUCCAAAACAAAUUAAAGAAGAAAUUGCAUCCCUUCCUUCGUCUCUGACGAUCAUCUUCCGCACUGAACAACCACACCCACGCAAUCAAAGCUGAUUCUAAUCAACAAUUAUGUAUCAUCCGACAAGAGGUGGAGUUCGUGGCGGUCGUGAUCAAUUUACUUGGGAUGAGGUGAAAGUUGAUAAACAUAGAGAAAAUUAUAUUGGUCAUAGUCUCAAGGCUCCUGUUGGUAGAUGGCAGAAAGGGAAAGACCUCCACUGGUACACUCGUGAUAAGAAAUCUGAUGGUGCUAAUGCGGAGGCAAUGAAAGAAGAGAUUCGAAGAAUAAAGGAGGAAGAAGAGCAAGCCAUGAGGGAAGCUCUGGGAUUAGCCCCAAAACGUUCUGGGAAAUCCCAAGGUAAUCGGCUAGAUAAACAUGAAUUUGCUGAACUCGUGAAGCGUGGUUCUACAGCAGAAGACUUGGGCGCUGGACAUGCAGAAGCAGCUCAAGUUCAAGGUCUUGGUUUUGCAAGGGGAACAUCAGGUCCUUCGGAAGAAUCAAGCUUGCCAUCCAGUUUGAAGUCUGUACCGGUUGAAAAGAAGUCUGAACCAGUUGAAAAGGCAAACAUCCCUGUUCGAACCACAUCUUCAAGGAAUGAAGACACACAGUUGGAAGACGAAUCCAGCAGAAAGAGAAGGAAGCAUGAGGAGAAGAAACGCGAUAAACAUGAAAGGCGGGAGAAGAGACAUUCACGUGAUUCAGAUGACAAGAGGAAGAGUAAGAAGCACAAAGAAAAGAAAAGAUACGAUUCAGAUUGACUCAACGAUAAGCAGGUGCUUGGUGCUACAUUUGCCUUCAACGCCCAUGUCGUUUAUGCAAGUGAUUUAGGACUAAACAAUGUUUCCGAAGAGCUUGUUUGUUGAACUGUUAAAUGAAAUCUUAUCAGGUAUGGAAGUCUGAUGUUUUAGCUAGGGGUGCUUAAUGGUUUUCGCCUUUUCAGUGAGUUAUCUGUAUAAUUGUUGACCAGUCAGUAAAAUGUGGGACAAAAAACAUUUAUAAUGACAUUUUUGUUAUUUUAUAA